AUGAGACCUAUAGUCAUCUAUAUCUUAGUCAUCUCUUCUAUCUGCUUUAAGAUCAAUGCUUUUUCGAUGACGAAACAUACUGGGAACAAGGCCUUUGAAGAUUACCCACAAAAGGCAACAACUCCAAGCAGAGAUUUGUUGGCUGUAUUGGACACCAAAGUGUCGACUGGGGAACGACCUAAAAGCAAAAGCAUCCCUCAAAAGUGUUCAAAACCUGAGCAUAUCAUCCGCAACGAAGGAGAUAUGAAACAGCUUGAAGAUUGCACAACAAUAGAGGGAGAUAUUGUGGUCGAUGGAUACACCGACACCGUGUUAGAUUUUGGCGCCACAAAACAUGUCUGGGGAGAUAUCAAGGUUCAAAACAGCUCCAAUGUGGCAAGGGUUGAGGGCUUAGAACUGGAACGCAUCGGCGGUAGUUCCUCCUUUCUGUUUUUAACCGCAUUGUCAACUAUUCGUUUACCGCGGCUAAAAACUAUGCAGUCCAUAAAUUGGCAGGUUCUGCCCAUUCUGAGUAGCGUUUCGUUCAAUAGUGAGGUCAGCUCGCUUGAAACCAUUAUUAUUUCAGAUACAGCGUUGACACACUUUACAGGAUUUGAUACACAGAGCCUUAACGUCUUGAAUAUCAACAAUAAUAGGUAUAUGGAACUUGUGGAAUCUGACGUAGAAGAGAUUACUGGCGAGCUUUCAAUCACUUCCAAUGCCAAAAACGUUCAAAUAAAUCUUCCAAACUUAAAGAAUGCUAAAAAUAUUACAGUCAGAGAUGCUGAAUCAGUUGAUCUAAGGAACUUGAAAAAUGUGGAAGUUUCGGCAGGAUUCAUAGAAAACUCCUUCAAAGAAUUACAUUUACCGAAACUACAACAUGUGGGGGGAACAUUUGGUAUUAUGAAGAAUGAUAUGGUUCAGAUUUUAGAUUUUCCAGAACUUAGCGAAAUUGAAGGAGGCCUCAUUAUUGCUAAUAACACAAGAAUUCAGAGUAUCAGUUUUUUCCCUGAACUAAAAGGUAUUGGGGGUGCAAUUCGUUUUGAAGGCGAAUUUUCAGAUAUCCAGCUAGAAGAGUUGCAGGUGGUUAGAGGGUCAGCCUUGGUUCGUACCUCAUCUGGAACAUUCGACUGUAAUAAUUGGCUGAAGUUCGGGGCCUCCUCAAUCGUUCGAGGGGGAGUGAUCGAAUGCUUCUCGAACAAACAUUCACAGACCAUUCAUGUAAACGAAGAGGGUAGAGUCGUGAAGAAUAUAACCGAUAUUAACUCUUUCUCUUCCAAAUCAAAUGCCGCAAAUCUAAAAUACAGCCUGUUUUCCCUUUUUAUGGCCCUGCUGAUGAUUCCUGGGUUAUAA